CUGCGGCGCUUCUCUCUGUGGUAGUUCGGCCUCUCUAGCCGGCCUCGCUGUCGUCUCAGUGUCAGUGCGAGACCCGCCGAAGUGCAGUUUGCCGAGCGUGGCCUGUGCGGAUUCGGUGCGCCCCGAGCCUGGCGAAGAGGAGCGGCAGCCAAGGUUAUCACCUCAUGACCUACUAAAGAAAUUUUUAGACAAAAUAAAACAGGGAAGUUGAGCUAGACUCAAGAAGGAUGGAUCCAUGUUCAGUUGGAGUCCAGCUUCGUACUACAAAUGAGUGCCAUAAAACCUUCUACACUCGUCACACAGGUUUCAAGACUUUGCAGGAAUUGUCAUCAAAUGACAUGCUUUUACUUCAGCUUAGGACUGGAAUGACACUCUCUGGGAACAAUACAAUUUGCUUCCAUCAUGUAAAAAUUUACAUUGACAGAUUUGAGGAUUUACAGAAGUCAUGCUGUGACCCAUUUAAUAUACACAAAAAGCUAGCCAAAAAGAAUCUGCAUGUAAUUGACUUAGAUGAUGCCACUUUUCUGAGUGCAAAAUUUGGAAGGCAACUUGUACCUGGUUGGAAACUUUGCCCAAAAUGUACCCAGAUCAUCAAUGGAAGUGUGGAUGUUGAUUCAGAAGACCGCCAGAGAAGAAAACCUGAGUCAGAUGGAAGAACUGCUAAAGCUUUGAGGUCACUGCAGUUUACAAACCCAGGAAAGCAAACUGAAUUUGCUCCAGAAACUGGUAAAAGGGAAAAAAGAAGGCUUACAAAAAACGCAAGCACUGGUUCUGACAGGCAAGUUAUUCCAGCAAAGAGUAAAGUCUACGACAGCCAAGGCCUCCUGAUUUUCAGUGGCAUGGACCUCUGCGACUGCCUUGAUGAAGACUGCUUAGGAUGUUUCUACGCGUGUCCAGCCUGUGGGUCUACCAAAUGUGGAGCUGAAUGCCGCUGUGACCGCAAGUGGCUCUAUGAGCAGAUAGAAAUCGAAGGAGGAGAAAUAAUCCAUAAUAAACAUGCUGGCAAAGCAUAUGGUCUGUUAUCUCCUUGUCACCCAUAUGAUACUUUGCAAAAAUGAUCAUUGAAAGAACUGGCCAGCAAAGAAAGUGCAGCAAAGAAAUGAGCAGUGCUAAUCUGGAAGUGAGACUUGGAUCAAUCGUAAAUGGAGUUAUAGAAGCUUAUAGAAGCCGGCACUGGUCAUGAGCAUGUUGAUACCUUGCUGUUCCAGAGACUAGAUACGCAUCAGAGGAACUUGGUGACCGAAACUUACCAGCAUCACUGAGGAAAGUGGCUGUGAUGAAAAGGAUGGAUGUGACUGACAUUAAAGGAUAACUAUUGUAAAGAAAGAAAUACUUCACAACAUUGAAAUGACUGAAAAGAUUCUUAUUCUGUAUGUUAUGAACAGAACAGACAAGCACUAUUCAGACUACUGUUGAUUUUUGGCAAUAAAACACUCUAAUUCUCAAUGCAUAAACUUUUAUCUUCUUAUGCAUUUAUAUUCCAAGUUGUUGGUACUUUGACCAAUUUUAAAGGUCAUGAACCAGCCAUCAUUGAUUUUUAACACUGUUUUGCAUGCCAUUUUUCUGUGCCCCAUAUGACUGUACAGUAUACCUUGCCAUUCACUGAGACCAAGGCCUACUUCAUGGAAAAUUGAUUUAUAUGCAACAGUGGAGUUGAAUGUUAAAGUAUUUUGAAAAUAGUCUAUAUGCCUUCAUGCUAAAAUGCAGCUUUUUUUCUUCCAACUUCAAAUAAAGAUAAAUGCUUCAGUUCAAUGAGCUUCUCAUUAUUAAUACUUUAAUACUCUUUGUGAAAAUUUCUGGGGACAGAACCUUUCUUCUUUAUGUAUAAAGCAUGAGGCUGCAUAUAGUAUAUGAGUAGAUACCAUUAUAUCUGUAGUAUUAAAAUUGUAUGGGGCGACUGAUUAGGUUUUAAAUUGUUCCUUAAGGGAGAGGUACUGCUAAACAUGUUGAAUAAAAAUGAAGUUUGGGGUAUUGAUUGACUCUUGGUAUGAGAUUUUGCAUGAGUGCUCUAUGGCCAGCAGGCUGCCUUCUCUGUGCUUUUUACUAAUUAAAAUUGAAACUGCUGUUUUUCUCUUGGGCUCUUAUCAUUUAGGACAUAGCCAUUAAACCAGGGUUGUGUUUUCUCUAAAUUUCUUAAUCAAAAUGAGCAUAUUCUGUGGCCCCUGAAGCCAAAUUUAUGUAGCCAGUUUGAAUUGACCAUGAGAAUCCAUUUUUAUGUUUAUUUUUCCUUGUCUCUACAGAUACUGGUUUUACUUUGAUGGAAUGCCACUUUCAACUUUGGAAUUAAAUGUAUUUUUAAGUUACAAUUUUUCUUUGAUCUGAAUAUCAGAAGUCUAGUUUAGCUGAUCAGUUCUAUGAUCUAAAUUUCAGCUGCACAGGGUCAAAAGAAAAAUUUUUAACUGUACUUGAGGCUGGAUUGUUCUUUUUUCUGAAUUAAGGUACAAGUAGAAUCCUAAGAGUUUAAAAUACCUAAACUCUUAAAACCAUUUGAUAGUAUUUACUCAGUUUUUGCUUUGUAUGAGUUAGGAUUAUAUAUUGCUUAGGCCCUUCAGAGAGACAAAUUGGUGUGGUU